AAGUCGCAGCCCCUCCCAGAUUUCUUUUGUCGCCUGUUCUGGCGGGUCGCCUUCCCGCGUCCCCGUCGUUCCUCCCGGCCAAUAGGUGGCGCUACAGUGACCGGCGCAGCACAGCAGGCAGCGGCCUCCUUCUUGGCCCGGCUGCAGCGCCUCGGCCGGGGAGGCGGGGCUCGAGGAACCGGAAGUGCCGGGGCCGCUUCACCCGCCGUCGCCGCCUAAAAGUACCGAGUCCAGCGCCUUUAAGUACCGCGUCCGCCGCUGCCGAGGAAGCUGCUGUAGCCCGGACGGGAGCGGAGGCGGCGCGGCAUGAAGCGGCGCAGGCUCGCUCCGUAGCGCGUCGGGACGGUCCGGGCAGGGCCGGGGGGAAGGAUUGGAUGGUGAGGAAAGGACAAGAUCCUAUGAGAAGAGAGCAGGAUGAGCAGAAGGAUCCAUACUUGAGAUUGGGCCACUUGAAAAUGAGCUGUUUGAGUGUGGAAGAGAUCUGAACAGAUGAAAAUACAAUCAGGAAAAUGCAACAUGGCAGCAGCAAUGGAGACAGAGCAGCUGGGUGUUGAGAUAUUUGAAACUGCAGAGUGUGAGGAAAAUAUUGAAUCACAGGAUCGGCCCAAAUUGGAGCCAUUUUAUGUUGAGCGAUAUUCCUGGAGUCAGCUUAAAAAGCUGCUUGCUGAUACCAGAAAAUACCAUGGCUACAUGAUGGCCAAGGCCCCACAUGAUUUUAUGUUCGUGAAGCGGAACGAUCCAGAUGGGCCUCAUUCGGACAGGAUCUAUUACCUUGCCAUGUCUGGUGAGAACAGAGAAAACACACUGUUUUAUUCUGAAAUUCCUAAAACCAUUAACAAAGCAGCAGUCUUAAUGCUUUCUUGGAAGCCUCUUUUGGAUCUUUUUCAGGCAACACUGGACUACGGAAUGUAUUCUCGAGAAGAAGAACUAUUAAGAGAAAGAAAACGCAUUGGAACAGUAGGAAUUGCUUCUUAUGAUUAUCACCAAGGAAGUGGAACAUUUCUGUUUCAAGCUGGUAGUGGAAUUUAUCACGUAAAAGACGGAGGGCCACAAGGAUUUACACAACAACCGUUACAGCCCAAUUUGGUGGAAACUAGUUGUCCUAACAUACGAAUGGAUCCAAAAUUAUGCCCUGCUGAUCCAGACUGGAUUGCUUUUAUACAUAGCAAUGAUAUUUGGGUAUCGAACAUCAUAACUAGAGAAGAAAGAAGGCUCACCUAUGUACACAAUGAGCUCGCUAACAUGGAAGAAGAUCCCAGGUCAGCUGGGGUGGCGACCUUUGUGCUCCAAGAAGAGUUUGACAGAUACUCUGGCUAUUGGUGGUGCCCAGAAGCUGAAAGAACUCCUAGUGGUGGUAAAAUUCUUAGAAUUCUAUAUGAAGAAAAUGAUGAAUCUGAAGUGGAAAUUAUUCACGUAACAUCCCCGAUGUUGGAAACAAGAAGGGCAGAUUCAUUCCGUUACCCUAAAACAGGCACAGCAAAUCCAAAAGUCACCUUUAAGAUGUCGGAAAUAGUGAUCGAUGCUGAAGGAAGGAUUAUAGAUGUCAUAGAUAAAGAACUAAUUCAGCCUUUUGAGAUUCUAUUUGAAGGAGUUGAAUAUAUUGCCAGAGCUGGAUGGACUCCAGAGGGAAAAUAUGCUUGGUCCAUUCUGCUAGAUCGUUCCCAAACUCGCCUGCAGAUAGUGUUGAUCUCGCCUGAAUUAUUUAUCCCAGUAGAGGAUGAUGUCAUGGAGAGACAGAGGCUCAUCGAAUCAGUGCCUGACUCUGUGACACCACUCAUUAUCUAUGAAGAAACUACAGACAUCUGGAUAAAUAUCCAUGACAUCUUUCAUGUUUUCCCCCAAACUCGUGAAGAUGAAAUUGAAUUUAUUUUUGCCUCUGAAUGCAAAACAGGUUUCCGUCAUUUAUAUAAAAUCACAUCCAUCUUAAAGGAGAGCAAAUAUAAGCGAUCCAGUGGUGGGCUGCCUGCCCCAAGUGAUUUCAAGUGUCCUAUCAAAGAGGAAAUAGCGAUUACCAGUGGUGAAUGGGAAGUUCUCGGUCGGCAUGGAUCUAAUAUCCAGGUUGAUGAAGUCAGAAGAUUGGUGUAUUUUGAAGGCACCAAAGACUCCCCUUUAGAACACCAUCUGUAUGUGGUCAGCUAUGUAAACCCUGGAGAAGUGACAAGAUUAACUGACCGGGGCUAUUCCCACUCCUGCUACAUCAGCCGGCAUUGUGACUUUUUUAUAAGUAAAUAUAGUAACCAGAAGAAUCCACACUGUGUGUCCCUUUACAAACUGUCAAGCUCUGAAGAUGACCCAACUUGCAAAACAAAGGAAUUCUGGGCCACCAUCUUGGAUUCAGCAGGUCCUCUUCCUGACUAUACUCCCCCAGAAAUUUUCUCUUUUGAAAGUACUACUGGAUUUACAUUGUAUGGGAUGCUGUAUAAACCUCAUGAUCUACAACCUGGAAAGAAAUACCCCACUGUGCUCUUCAUAUAUGGAGGUCCUCAGGUUCAAUUGGUGAAUAACCGGUUUAAAGGAGUCAAGUAUUUCCGCUUGAAUACCCUAGCCUCUCUGGGUUAUGUGGUUGUGGUGAUAGACAACAGGGGAUCCUGUCACCGAGGGCUAAAAUUUGAAGGCGCCUUUAAAUACAAAAUGGGUCAGAUAGAAAUUGACGAUCAAGUGGAAGGGCUCCAGUAUCUAGCCUCGAGGUAUGACUUCAUCGACUUGGAUCGGGUGGGCAUCCACGGCUGGUCAUAUGGGGGCUACCUCUCCCUGAUGGCGUUAAUGCAGAGGUCUGACAUCUUCAGGGUUGCUAUUGCCGGAGCCCCAGUCACUCUGUGGAUCUUCUAUGAUACAGGAUACACGGAACGUUACAUGGGUCACCCUGACCAGAAUGAGCAGGGCUAUUACCUAGGAUCUGUGGCCAUGCAAGCAGAAAAGUUCCCCUCUGAACCAAAUCGUUUACUACUCUUACAUGGGUUCUUGGAUGAGAAUGUCCAUUUUGCACACACCAGUAUAUUACUGAGUUUUUUAGUGAGGGCAGGAAAGCCAUACGAUCUACAGAUCUAUCCUCAGGAGAGACACAGCAUCAGAGUUCCUGAAUCUGGAGAACAUUAUGAACUGCAUCUUUUGCACUACCUUCAAGAAAACCUUGGAUCACGUAUUGCUGCUCUGAAAGUGAUAUAACUUUGUCCUGUAUAGAACUCGGGUACACACUGGCUGUUAACCAAAUGAGGAGGUUUCGGUGACAGACAAAAUGGAAUCUAUCGUCACAUCUUGGUACCUGUCACAUAACAUCUUUUGAAAAUUAAUUUGGUGCCAUACAGGCAUCUGCUGCAGCUUGUGAAGAGGAAUCAGAUACCUUAAACACAUACACAAUUGGGUGAUGCCCAUUUCUAAGGGAUCCAGCAAUACCAUGAAAAAUAACU